AUGGGCAGCUUCCCUGUCCCCCACAAGAAGCUCUCCUUGGAAAUUAAGGGGAACAAAACAGAUGUAGUCAUCUGCAGUUACGAUGAUCAUUUCCUUGUCAUUGCAACUCAAAUAGGAGCUAUGGGCACCAUCCUGCAAGCCAGGAAGGAGGAAGGGAUGGCAAUCCAUCCAACAUUCAACGUGUCUGUAAUCUUCGGCAAGCGAGAUGAGCCAAUGCUAGUGUCCUGUGCUCGUCAACUUAUUGAACACAUCAGUAACUCAGGCUCCUCCAGGCCAUUAAUGCUUUCUCUUGGUCUUAAAGACCAUUCAGUGGAGACAUUGAAAGGCAUUGUUUCUGCUGUGAUCGGGAAUCGUCUCUGGUAG